CGUUUGCUGGAUGAUGAAAAAGAUCCAUGGCAGUUCAAUGCAUGGGAUCAUGUAGAGCCACCGAAGGAAUAUCUGGAUAUGGUAGAGAACAAGCUGGCCACACAAGCACAAACGAAGCUUUCCAUUGAUGAGGCUGCAAAGUAUCACGCAAAACCUGCCAAUUAUUGGAAUGAUUUUUAUUCGAUCCAUGAGAAUCGAUUCUUCAAAGAUCGAAGAUGGUUGCAUCUUGAGUUUCCAGAACUGAUUGCAGCAAGCAAAGCGGAAGCUGGAUCUAUGCGAAUUCUAGAAGUUGGUUGUGGUGCAGGUAAUACCGUCUUUCCACUCUUGGAGUGCAAUCAGAAUCCUGAUUUGGAGAUUUUCGCAUGCGAUUAUGCACCAGAAGCUGUGAAUGUGGUGAAAAGCAAUCCACUUUACAGUCAGCCGCCGCGCGGAAAAUGCUUUGCAAGUGUUUGGGAUCUGUCAUCUACCUUGCCGAAUGGGGAACCAAACUUACCUGAAGGCGUUGAACCUCACUCGUUGGAUAUUAUUGUGCUCAUUUUUGUCCUUUCGGCACUUCAUCCCGAUGAAUGGCAAAAAGCAAUCACCAAUGUACGAACGAUGCUCAAGCCAGGUGGACUGGCCUUGGUUCGAGAUUAUGGAAGGUAUGACCUUCCGCAAAUUAGAUUUGGCAAAGGAAGGAUGUUAGAUGAUAACUUUUAUAUACGGGGAGAUGGAACACGGGUUGGCUUUUCAACAUCCUCCUCUUCAUCUUCAAAGGCUGAUUUUACGACUUUACAACUUGCAAUCGAUCGUAGAAUGUUACUCAAUCGCAAAGAGAAGAAGCAAAUGUUUCGUAAUUGGCUUCAAGCUAAAUUUCAAUAUACAUCAUAG